AUGGCGUCUCCGCUCUUCUCUCCCCAGACUUGCCGCCUCCCUGGACUUUCCAAUGGCGUGAUCCCUGUGGUGGCUGCGGCCCCGAGAGACAGCAAGCCGUCGUCCGCCGCGCGGCGGCAGUGGUGGGCGCCGUUCGCGCUGCCGGCGGUGCGAAGGGCGGGAUCCGAUGGGACGGCCGGAGGAGAGGCGGCGGCGCCGUCAGCGCAAGGCGGCCGGGAGACGGCGGCGGGGCCGGGAAGUGGUGAGAUCUCCGGGGCGAGGAGGAGAUCGUUUCUGACGCCGGAGAAGGCGAAGGUCCUGCGGAAGGAGUUGCGGGCGACGGAGACCUGGCACGAUGCAAUGUACCACUCCGCCAUCGCCUCCCGCCUCGCGUCCCCCGACGAACGCUGA